UGCGGAAGUGAGUAUAGGUGAACCCAAUCAAUAAGCUCAUUAUGGACACGAACUCUGGCUUAUUCAAAAUGAAGAAGUUUGCAGCAGAUGCUGGUACUCUAUUUAAUCGCGCAGUACAGUUUACAGAAGAAAAGUUGGGUCAAGCGGAAAAGACAGAAUUAGAUGCUCACUUUGAAAAUUUAUUGCAAAGGGCAGACAAGACAAAAAUAUGGACAGAGAAGGUUUUGAAACAGACUGAAUGUCUUCUACAACCAAAUCCAAGUUUAAAUGCAGAACUUUUGACUGAACUAGAUGUUCGUAUGGAGGACUUUUUUUACGAGAAACUUGACAAAAAGAAAAGAGACCGUAUUAGUCACCAUGAAUUACUUGGUCAGAUAAUGACAGAUGCUGGCAAUGAGUUUGGUCCAGGAACAUCAUAUGGUAACGCUCUAGUCAAGACUGGCGCAACACAAAUCAACAUUGGAAAUGCAGAAAAAGAAUUUGUACAGUCAACUGCUAAUAACUUUCUACAACCUUUACGUAAUUUCUUGGAUGGAGAUAUGAAGACCAUUCAGAAAGAAAAGAAAAUACUAGAAACAAAGAGAUUAGAUUUAGAUGCUGCAAAAACAAAAAACAGACGUGCAAAAUCACAAAAUACACAGCCAACCUCUCGACCUCAGACUCUUGCCCUGAUCGAGGAUGAUGCUGUAGCCAGAGCAGAAGCAGACUUACGCAUUGCACAGACAGAAUUCGACAGACAAGCUGAGAUUACUAAACUAUUGUUAGAAGGAGUUAACAGUGCUCAUGCUCAUCAUUUGCGAUGUUUAAAUGAUUUCAUAGAAGCCCAGACGACAUAUUAUGCCCAGUGUCAGCAAUACAUGGCUGAUUUACAAAGACAAUUGGGAAGUUAUUCUGUUGGUAGUGGGAACAGUUCAACAAAUUCCCUUGGACCAGGUAUCCCUAAUUCCACUCUCCCUGUUCAGCCAAGUGCACCCCCUAUGAUACACAUCACAGCUGCAACACCUAGUACAGAGAAAAAACAGGCUAGAGUUUUAUAUGAUUAUGAUGCUGCAGAUAAUUCAGAGUUAUCCCUCUUAGCUGAUGAGCUAAUAACAGUGUACAAAGUUCCGGGACUGGAUCCUGAUUGGUUAAUGGCAGAGCGGGGUUCACAAAAGGGAAAAGUUCCAAACACAUAUUUAGAAGUUUUAGAAUGAAUCACAUACAAUUACAUACUUUCAAUUUUUGUUAUAAACUGUAAAUUUCUGAAAAGUUACAGAAAAAGAUGGAUCACUACACGGUGUGGUAACAGAAGGUUUAAAGAUGGCAUGAGGUCUCAGAGAGAUGUAAUUUAUAUACAGAAAACAAGUUGUGCAUGUGAUAUAAACUCUUUCAAGAAAAUUGUCCAUUUUUACCCUCAAAUUAUAUUCUGUUAUGUAUUAAACAUUUUUAGAGUGCUAUUAUUAUGGUGUACCUUAAAUUUUUAUCAUUGAAAAUCAAUGUUGUUUUGCACAAAAUUUGUAUAACGAUAAAAGUUCUAUGAUAAAGCAAUAAGUCAUAGAAUUAUGUAACCUUCUUAUGUCAUGAAUAUUUUGUGGCGGCAGACAACCAUUUUCCAAACUUUCAAUAUAAGAAAUUCAACAUUUUUUUUUUCUUUUUAAAGUCCCAAAAAGCAUGAUAUUGAAACAAAUGAUACUUUACUCAAGAUAUACUAAUCAGUUCUCUUCAGUCAAGCAUUCAUGUUUAAUUGUGCAUGUCUUAUUCAGCUUUGUGUGCUUUUAAUGCCAAUUUUCAGAAGUUGGUUGAUAUAACUUUGGUUUUCAGAUGCAGUUUCAAGAGUAAUCAAUCCUACAAUCUCUUGAGGUUGAAUAUGUCUUUGUUAUCUUUGGCCUCUCUUCUACAAGAGAAGGUUGCACUGAUCUACUUUAUACACUUUAUUGUCUGAUAAGAUUUUAGGUCUGAGAUUUUUUCUGAAAUACCACAUGUUCUACCGUGAUAACGCUCCUUUUAAGGUCAAUUACACAUAAUUAGAUGGUAUUUUUAUGAAAUGUUGUAUACAUUUAGCAUUCAUUGAACUACAUCUGAAUUUUUCAUUGAUCCAGAUUUAAUUUCAAUCAAUUUCAUUUAUCUGAUGCAUUUUGACUCACAUGUAUAUACCUAGAUAAUAACAUGCAUCCCAGGUAAUUUUUUGCACAUAGUCUUUGUAAAAUGCUCAUAUUGUAGCAUUUGCAUCCAAUAUUAUGACUUUUCAUAUAAUAAUUGAUGGGAACAAGGCAUGAUUAGUAAUAUGCAGAUUUUUUUGGGGUUUAUCUUACAUUGAUUUUGAUGUUGUUAAAUUCAGACAUUAAUCAGAUGAUUGUAUAGAUGCAAAAUUUGUGACAUGAUUUGCAUCACAAUAAAUCAAUCUUACAUUUGUGUAAGAUUUGCAAUAUAAAUGUUCAUGUUAUAUUCUGAAUUUAAUAGUAUUUUUUUAUUUUUGAAAGGCCAGCGGAACAUCAAAAUUACAUUGUAUUUAUCUUGUAAAUUCAGAGUUUGAAAACAUAAAAUGUGAUCUAUUUUUAUUAAAAGUUAUGGCUGAUGUGUGAUUUAGUAUUAUAUUUUAUCUUCAUACAUUGAAUCUUUGGAUGUCACUUAUUGAUUACUGUCAUUUUUGUCGAGCCUUCGACUUUUGUCGAAAAAGCGAGACAUAGCGAUCCUACAUUCCGUCGGCGUCGUUGUCGUCAGCGGCGUCCACAAAUAUUCACUCUGUGGUUAAAGUUUUUGAAAUUUUAAUAACUUUCUUAAACUAUCCUGGAUUUCUACCAAACUUGGACAGAAGCUUGUUUAUGAUCAUAAGAUUAUAUUCAAAAGUAAAUUUUGUAAAAAAAAAAUUCCAUUUUUUCCGUAUUUUACUUAUAAAUGGACUUAGUUUUUCUGCCAGGAAACAUUACAUUCACUCUGUGGUUAAAGUUUUUGAAAUUUUAAUAACUUUCUUAAACUAUCCUGGAUUUCUACCAAACUUGGAAAGAAGCUUGUUUAUGAUCAUAAGAUAGUAUCAGAAGUAAAUUUUGUAAAAAAAAAAUUCCAUUUUUUCCGUAUUUUACUUAUAAAUGGACUUAGUUUUUCUGCCAGUUAACAUUACAUUCACUCUGUGGUUAAAGUUUUUAAAAUUUUAACAACUUUCUUAAACUAUCCUGGAUUUGUACUACACUUGGACAGAAGCUUAUUUAUGAUCAUAAGAUAGUAUCUAGAAGAAAAUUUUGAUAAAAAUAUGUUCCAUUUUUUCCGUAUUUUACUUAUAAAUGGACUUAGUUUUUCUUCCAGUUAACUUUACAUACAGUCUGCAGUUAAAGUUUUAAAAACAUUUAUUAGAUUCAAAAACCAUCCUGGAUUUUUACCAAACUUGGACAGAAGCUACUUACAAUCAAAAGAUAGUAUAGAGAGGAAUAUUUUUAUUAAUUUUUUUCCUCAUUUUUGUUGAGCCUGCAAUUAACAGCAAAAGUAGGCGAGACACUGGGUUCCGCGGAACCCUUACGAAUUUUAUCGUAAGAGAGAUACUUUGGUUUAUUAGAAACACUCUCAAAUAAAGGUUUGAAAUAUAAUAAUUACAAAAAAUUAUUAAUAACAUAUUUUUAAUACCCUGAUUUUUUGAAAACCAUAAAUAAUUACAUGAGAAAUCUAUGGUGUUGUAAGAUUAUGAAUUAUCUCCCUUUCAACAUAUGACAAAAAAAAAAUUGGGAAUUUAUUUUAUACCUAAUUGGUUUGAAUCCAGAAUAAUAAUGAAUUUAUGUUUUAACCAGAUAACCAUUUUGAGACUGAUUCAUGUAUUUUGAUCAAGAGUUGCCUUCUGCAUGAGGUACCAUUUAAAUAUGCAUCCAUGGACUGCUUGAUUGAGGAUUUAAGUUUGAUGUUUCUUGAUAAUUAUCCCAUCUGAAAUAUUCAUUGGAAAUAAGAGGAUAUUUUUAUUUGUUAAACCAGCAGAUGUGAUUGAGAAAACUUUAAUUUUCCUGUAUUGGAUGUCUGUACAGAUAAGUGUUAAUUGUACAUUAUUUUGAUGGAUGUAACUGUUCAGAUUUAAGAUAUACAUGAAAUGCAGGGAUUCAUUGUUCUUUUUAUUUAUGAAAUUUUGGUUUAAAAAAGGGAAAUGUGACAUAUUGAUUUUCUGUAAAUAAUUAAUAGUUAUGGCAAGAUGUUAAUCCAACUAAAGUAAUUGCUUAUCUCAAAAAACUACACAUAUUGCUGAGUAUUUUAGUUAUCAAACUCUACUGUUGUACAAGGUAUUUAUCUACUGGUCUGGUAAAAGAUUUUACUCUAUUUACUUUUUCAAAUAAAUGAGAGCUAACCAUCAUAGAAUCUAAAAUGACCAAGAGAAAAUUGUAUUAGAGAGAAGGGUGUAACUUAUAGUAUUUAUGACAAAAUCUGAGAUUUGAGUGGUGAUUUUAUAGUACUAACCAUAUGUACAGUGUUGUAUUUAAAGUGCUCAUACUGUGUUUGGAACUUUUAUACUUGUUUGAACCCUUAUUAAAUUGUUAUAACUAAUGCUUUGUGAUGAAAUUUCUGUAAAUUAUGUAAAGUUUAGAUCUUCUUCAUCUUACAUAUUAAAGUUUGUCUGCCCUACAAAAACUGUUACUGAUGAAAACACAUUUUAUGAUAAUGCUUGAACGAGUACAAGAUUUUGAAAAAUCUGGCAUUGGACACUUGACUUUUCGUGAUUAGGUCAGCUUUAAAUAACUGUUAAUAAGAGUUUUAUAUAGUUGUCCUUAUAAAUAUCAACAAAUAUUCUGUAUGUAUCCAUUAUAAAGGUUUGACAAUAAUGUUUGCCAGCUUCCAUUAAUGUCUCAUCAUACAAAAUACUAAAAUGACAUUAUGGUUUAAAGCACGAUAAUAAAAUUAAAGACUAAUGUAAUGAAAAUAGACACAAGAAAUGAACAAUGUAGAUUUACUAACUAAAUAAUACAUUAUGUCAAAGAAACUUAAAAGCCAGUAGAAAUUUUUGUUUAAUUCAUUAUUCAUUAUAGAAAUGCAGAAAUUUCAUCAUCAAAGCAUAAAAGUGAAUGGUACAUUUAUAUUUAUAAAAUUUUAAAAUUUUAUUAUAUUAUAUUUUUUUGUUCUUGCUGCUUUAUUAAUGUUAGUGAGGGAUUUGUUAUCGAUUAUAUAUACAUGUUGAUAUGCAGGUAGACAAAGCUUAACAAACAAUGCAGACAUUCAAUGGCUCAUUAACAUCAGAAUUUACAUUUUCAAGUAUUUCAUUGGUAGAGAUACUCAUUAAAAAUUAAUAAAUAAUGUAAUGCUGAUAACCAGAUGUUUUGAUAGAUGAUAAAAGAAAUGAAAAAAAAAUUGACAACUAUCUAAAACAAAGAAUAAUCUGACAUCUCAAAAACUGUUGUUAGUGUAGAAUUCUCUUUAUGAAUAGUAUCGAGUAUUUACCAUGUUUACAUCAGUAUAAAACUAUUUGCCAGUGUAGGCAUUUUUUUAUGAGAAUUCAGUUAUUUUAGUAGCUUAGGUUUGGCUUGAUCAACCCAAAUCUAAGCAGAAUGAAAAAAUAAACUAAACAUGAAAAAGAUUCAUGUGUCAGAAGUAUUGUUACUUUUAUAUUUGAAGCAAUAUUUAGUGAAGUGUUAGACUUGUUUACAAAUAAGUUUUCAUCUUAUCUAAAUGUACAUCCCAAUAUUAAAGUAUUAUUUGUCUAUUUGAUAUGAUGUAUUGGAGUAUUAAUAAAUAUGGUCAAUUGUUUUAUUAAUUUAGUUUCUGUUAUCAUGAGGUACUAUACAGUCAUCUAUCAUAAUGUUGAACUAACAUGGAGCUGGAUAAUUGAAAAUCAAGAGGUUUAUUUUAUUUAAUGUUGAUUUAGAAACUUUCAGCUUCAUUUUUAGGAUUUAAGUUAAUACUGAUGGGAUUUACUGUAUGUUAAGUGACAAACUUAUUUGUUAAAUACUGUAAAUUUUGGUUAUCUAAGUGCUAUAUUGUUUGAGACGGCAAAAUGGUGCUGAAAAUUUUGUCAUAUGUUUGAAGUAAUGAAUUGUAUGAAAUAAAAUGUGAUAUUUGCAUAUGUAUUAUACCAUUUUUUAAACUUAAUAUCUGCUAUUAAUCACAUAUACUAAGAAUAGUAAAAAAAAGUCAAUAUUUUUUUUUUGCAUUAAAAAUUGAGAUUUUACUUAUUGGUAAAGGUUUUUUGUUGUUAUAUUUACAUUUCAUUUAAUUUUCUCAUUAUAUGACUGUCAAAAUUUAUUUAAGUUGUUACAUUUGAUCAAUGUUUGCAUAUGGUUAGACAUUGGUAUUUUUUUUUCUUCAAAUAUACAAGUUGUUUUGGCACCAGGAAACUGGAUUGUAAUCAAAGGAAUGAUCAUAAAUGUCUAUAAGAGAAUUACUAAGGUUUUAUGAUUCAAACUUUAAAAUGGAUGCACACUUAAUCUUUCCUUCAAAAGAAUUUAAAAAAUGGAUUCCUAUUUUUAUUAGUUAGAGCCACCAUAUUUUAAUUUUUAAUUUAGUUGGUGGAGUAUUGUUAUGCAUGAUUUUUAUUUUAUUUCUUUAUGCACUUUAGUGAAUUUUUCUGAUUCUUACAAAUUCUAUCUUUAUCUAGGUGUAAAUAACAGUGCAUAUUAUCUUAUUUGUAAGUGGCAAUACACUUUAACUUUAGUGUAAAUGUCUGUACUUUUUAUCUUUACUGCAAGUACAAAAACACAUUAUCUUUAUUGCAAGUGUAAGUGGCAAAACACAGAAAUAUACUUGAUGUUUAGUGUAUGUGCCACUUAAUAUAAAAAGUUACUCUAGUGCAUUGAGUGGCAAUGAUUUAGUGUAAGUUGUGGUGCACUGUAUCUUUAAUAAUAGUGUCCCUACAUGUAAACAUAAAGUCACUUACCUGAAAUGAGUGGUCACUGGUCAUACAAAUUGAUUAUGAGAUAUAGUUGAAUGAAAGAUAUCUGUAUAUGAAAUAAAAAAAAACUAUUAAUGCCAA